AUCAAUAUUAAACUUCCAACUUUCCUCCCGCCAUCCUCUUAAACAGCGUCUUUAACGGAAUUUCCUAAUCUUUUCCGAUAGUUUUCCCAAUUAAAUUAUGCUUCGUCACUGUUUAAGAUCUCGUCGGCGUUUCUUUCUUCAUUAUUCGCGACGGUUUUACUCCUCCUCUUCAAACCCCGUUGAAUCCCCUAAUAAUUUUAAUAAUCGACAUCCCGAACCUUCCCAAUCGCCGCCGCCGCAAAAUUUUCAAACUCAUCUUUCAACUGUCCCUUCCAGAACCGUUUCUCUUUCUCGAAAUUCCGUUUUGGCCCUCUCCGCCACUCUACUCUCCGCUGUUGUCGCUUCCGUCGCCGUUUUACUUGUUGAUAAAGGCAAUGAAGCCUCCGACGAUAAUAACCCUAACCCUAGAAGAAGCCCUCUUUACGAAUCGAUUGAGUAUUCGAUUCAAAAAUCGAAUGAGUCCUUCAGGAGGAUCGUCCACCAGGCUAAACAAACCAGCGUUGCCGCCUCUGUUUUGUGGCAAUCGUUGAGGUCGGUGAUGUCGUCCGCGAACCAUGAAGUUCGGGUGGGGUUCGAGCUACGCGUGGCGUCGUUGCUCGCGGACAUUGCUGCUGCCAAUGCGAGCCGCAGGGCUGCCAUUGUGAGCGCCAAUGGCGGCGCGGUAGUCGAUUGGCUGCUGGAGACGGUAGCUGUCGGCAAGAUAGAUGUUUGCAGCACUCAGGCCGAGGCUGCAAGGGCGUUGGCUUAUCUAAUUGCUGAUCCUGACGUGCGUAGAGAUGUGCUUGGAAGGCCAGGCGCUGUUUCCUAUCUGUUGAGGUUCAUUUUUUCAUGUCAACCUCAAAAUAAAUCCAAAAGGCAUUCGGGUCGUAGUUCAUUCGAUAUUUCUGAUUCUUUGAAAGGUAGAAGUAUGCUUGUUGCUGCUAUAAUGGAUAUUGUUACAUCCGAUUGUAAUAGUGUAGAGAAGGAAUCUUUUAAGCCUUGGCUACCUGAGAAUGCUGAGAUGAGAGAUAUUGCAGCAGCUGUUCAAGUUAUUGAAGAAGGUGAUAUGCAUUUAGAUGAGGGGGAGGACGAAGAUGAUGAUGGUGGAAGAGGUAUGAAAGGGAUUGGGAUUAAAAUUCUUGAAGGAACGACUGCUUUAGGGCUGUCGAGAACCGCAGAGCAUAUGCCAUUAGAUAACUCAAAUGAUACCCCUUCAGCAUUACAGAGGGAUGCUCCGAAAACACUUGAAUUGUUGAAUAAGCAUGAUAGUUCCGUGGACAAAGCCAAUUUGUCAGCUGCUGUUGUUCCAGGUCUUUGGGAUGAUUUGCAUACUCAGCAUGUUGCUGUGCCUUUUGCUGCUUGGGCGUUAGCCAACUGGGCAAUGGCAUCGGAGACCAAUAGAUCUCAUAUUGAAGAAUUGGAUCGAGAUGGGGAGGCUGUCAUGAGUGCCUUACUAGCACCUGAGAGAUCUGUGAAAUGGCAUGGUAGCUUGGUGGCUCGUUUGUUAUUGGAAGACCAUAAUCUAACCUUAAAUGACUCUAUCUCUGAUUGGGCGUCCACUCUUCUUUCUACUGCAUCACAUGCAAGUAAAAAUGAAGACAUUUUAUUAUCUCAAAUGGCUUUAUCGGCUUUUAUAGUUGCUGUUGAGAGGAGCCGUGAAGCACGGAGGACUGUAAUGGAGAAGGGUCUGGAGUUGAUGAGAGUCACUGCAAAGAGAACUGCAAAGCAUCAGCAGGUUCAAGAAGCUCUGGCAAAAUCUUUGGAAUUGCUCUCAACUGAGGAUUGGCAUUUAUCUAUUGAAGAAAGUCAAAAGUGGUCUCGUAUUCUGCUUUCUUGGGUUUUUGGAAAAUCUUCCUCCACUGGAAUUCGAUCCUCUGCCAUAAGAAUUCUUUCAUGUAUUCUUGAAGACCACGGCCCAUCUUCUGUUCCAAUUUCUCAAGGAUGGUUAGCUCUUCUGCUAAAUGAUACCCUGGCUUCCUGCAAGGCAUCAUCUGUUAAAGAAGGCACCGACAAAGUGAAGACUCAGAUUGAUCAGUCUAACAUUCUUUCAGCUGGACAGACUGUUAAUCAAUUAGCAGUUGCAGUUGUUAAUCUGGCUGGAAAUCAGUUGACCGGUUCUGUUGAUACCUUCCCCCUAGCAGAUCUUCUUUCUCUUGAACCUUUCACUGGACCAUUUAAAAAUCUAAAGAAAGAUAAUCCUCCAAAGUUUGAUGUUGCAGAUUCUGCAUUGGCAACCCUCAAGGGGAUCAAAGCACUGACUGAAAUUUGUGCUGAAGAUUCUUUAUUGCAGGAUAAAAUUACGGAUCUGGGGGUCUUAUGUUUGCUAAGACGCUAUUUGUUAUGUGAUGAUUAUGAGAAACUGUCUGCAAUAGAGGCUUAUGCUGCAUCUAGAGCACCUGAGGCGCAAGAAAGGGUUUCAAGUAAUAGUAGUGAGUCAUCACCUUCAAAUACGAAUAAUCCAUCUAGUGUUCGAGUUCCACCUACUGCUCACAUUCGGAGGCAUGCAGCUAGACUUUUAACCAUUCUUUCACUCCUUCCAAAAGUCCAGAAAGUCAUUGCAGCUGAUGAAACAUUGUGUAAGUGGCUUGAGGAUUGUGCUGAUGGGAAGACAUCAAGCAUCAAUGAUCUUAAGAUACGAAGUUAUGCUAGGGCGAUUCUGUUAAAUGUAUUUUGCAAUCAACAAAUUGGUAUUGACUCGGUAAAUAGUGAUCCUGGAAAUGGUAGCAGAGAUGGUACACACAACUGCCCAAGUUACGAUGAUAUGAUAUUCUUAAUAAACCCUGAACUUCCCCAGUGGAAGUGUCCUGGUCCUCCUGGAAAAGACCAAUCCUCUGUGCAGCAAGAUAAGUCUAUUUCAAAUGAGGUUGAUUCCAUGAAUAGUAAUAGUACAAAUGUAACCCAAGUUUCAGAUGUUGCUGACUCAUCCAAUUCUUCGAAUGUGCCUAAUAAUUAUUCUGAUUCUGAAAUUCCUCAAAUGGAUAUCGUCUUUGUACAUGGGCUUCGUGGUGGACCUUAUAAAACUUGGCGCAUAUCUGAGGAUAAAUCCUCAACCAAGUCUGGCUUGGUAGAGAAAAUUGAUGAAGAAGCAGGGAAGCUUGGAACAUUUUGGCCAGGUGAAUGGCUUUCGGGUGAUUUUCCUCAUGCUCGCUUGUUUUCCCUGAAGUACAAGACAAACCUAACACAGUGGUCUGGAGCUUCCCUGCCUCUUCAGGAAGUUAGUUCCAUGUUAUUAAAGAAGCUGGUUGCUGCAGGCAUUGGGAGUCGGCCUGUUGUGUUUGUGACCCACAGCCUGGGAGGUCUGGUGGUCAAGCAGAUGCUAUAUAAAGCAAAGACAGAAAAUAUGGACAACCUUGUGAACAACACCGUUGGAGUUGUGUUCUAUAGCUGCCCACAUUUUGGGAGCAAGCUUGCCGAUAUGCCCUGGAGAAUGGGGCUUGUGUUACGUCCAGCUCCAACUAUAGGGGAAUUGAGAAGUGGUUCUCCUCGACUUGUGCAACUUAAUGACUUUCUUCGUCGCCUUCACAAGAAACAGAUGCUCCAAGUCCUUAGUUUCUGUGAGACCAAGGUCACUCCGAUAGUUGAAGGUUACGGAGGAUGGGCAUUUCGUAUGGAAAUCGUGCCAAUUGAAUCAGCCUAUCCCGGAUUUGGUGAACUUGUUGUAUUAGAUUCUACGGAUCAUAUAAAUUCAUGCAAACCGCUCAGCAGAUCAGAUCCUUCAUACACAGAAGCAUUAGAAUUCUUGCGAAAACUCAAAGCUCAAUAUACAUGAAGAAAAGUUUAUCAUUAUACUCGGCAAUUGGCAUCAUUUCUUUCUCAUUUUUUCCCCCGAAUUUGGCUUUAUGUCUGAUUUUUUUUUCUUGGAGGUUGGCGGAUUCAAACUUUUAUGAUUAGGAGUGGAUCAAGUAACUAACCUUUAGGUAAAAGUUAGCACCUCCCAGUAUAUACUUGCAUAUGAUCAACAUUUGUGUCGCAGCUUUCUGUACAUCCUUUUGUUUAUUUUUAUUUACAUUUUACUUGUAUCUCUAGGAAGCAGAAACCCAUCCAAUGAAUGGGUUCUUAAAAUACUGUACACACAUUUGCUAAUAAAAGA